AGGCUGUUUGUUAAUGGUCUUGUCGCAAAUCGUGGUGCGACCCUUCCCUGGUUUCGUUUGGACCUUUGGACAUCAGUAAGAUAACGUCUACAUAACUUGUGUUUGAAUGCGGAUUCCAUCACUAUGAAGCUGGAAGUUCACAAAGCCAGCAACAGGCAACACAUGAUAACCCUUGAGAAUAUUACACCAUAUUGCUCAAUAAAAGAAGUCAAAGAGGAGCUAUCUAAGAAAAUAAAAAAGUUCUAUGUUGAAAGGCAAUCUCUGAAAGCUGAACCACGUGGCAAAUCUUUGGAAGAUGAUGAAACAUUGGCUUCUCAUGGCUUGCAAACCGAUGGAAGUAAAAUUUACUUCAAAGACCUAGGCCCUCAGGUGGGAUGGACGACUGUUUUUCUGACUGAAUAUGCCGGACCUCUCUUUAUUUAUCCGUUAUUCUACUUACGACCGUCGUUUAUAUACGGCGAAGGAGCCAGUACUACUCCCAUUGCUGAACCGGUGCAUCUGGCCUGUGCUUGUUGGUGUAUUCACUAUGCAAAAAGAUUGCUAGAGACGGUUUUCGUGCACAGAUUUUCACAUGGUACAAUGCCUAUAAGAAACAUUUUCAAGAACUCCAUGUAUUAUUGGGGCUUCACGUGUCUAGUCUCCUACUUCGUGAAUCAUCCUUUGUACACGCCUGCCAAAUUCGGCUCAAUCCAAAUUUACGGAUCAUUGAUUGGGUUUUUGCUCUGCGAAUAUGGCAACUUUGUUAUCCAUUGCCUUCUGCGUGAUCUCAGGCCACCCGGAACAAAAGAACGGAGAAUUCCCUACCCCGCAAAGAACCCACUUUCAUGGAUGUUCAAACUUGUUUCGUGUCCAAAUUACACUUACGAGAUCGGCGCUUGGAUGUUCUUCACAACAAUGACACAGACGUUAACUGCUGGCUUAUUUUGUCUCGCUGGCUUUAUUCAGAUGGCAAUUUGGGCAAAGGACAAACAUCGCCGAUAUAAGAAAGAAUUUAAAGAUUACCCAAGGAGAAAAGCCAUUGUCCCUUUCAUCCUUUGAGACUGUAGAGGAUUGUUCCGUAUCAAUGAUUUGUAGCGACACGAAUGUAAAGAAAGUUAUCGUUUGUUGGUCAUGAGUUUAGCAUCAAAUUUUAUUGUUUGUUUUGCGAGAGACGAUUUACCAAGACUGAAAUAUGUUAGUUGUCUUAAGCAUAUCCUUUUUCGUCUGUGACUGACUCAGUGGUACCAAGUUCUGAUCUAAAUCAAGCACUGAUUAAAUAGGUUCAAAUAUACUUAAUAUGUCUUUUAUCUUGCUAUUUUUAAAUGUAAUUUGAUUCUUGCUUCAAUUUGCAAAUGUUUCUUAAAGAUCCCAAUUAUGAGAAAAAGAAGAUGCAAAAUUUCAAA